CGCGCGCCCGUUCUCUCAGUUUCUAUUUAGUAUCCACCUCGAAUCGGUGGAUAACUUCGAUUCCCCCUGUUUCAGUGUAAUAACCUUCGCGACGCGAUUUUAAGAUAUAGAUACUCUUCCACGUUCGCGAAAAGUUGACGAUUAACGAUUUAAAAUCGUAUAACGAGACGAACGUAGGCCUGAGUUUUGUGAAACGUUCUUUUCUCUUUUUUUUUUAAAUUUUAUUUUUCAUCUUUUUUCCCUCAAGUGCCACUGUGUCGGUUCUCUUUGAUAUAUAUAUAUAUAUAUAUAUAUAUAUAUAUAUACAUAUAUAUAUUUUUUUUGACAUUUUAAUUAAUUCGUCAUCGAUCACAGUGAUCCUUCAUCUCGAGGAAAAUUAAGAUUAAAAGGAUGCACGUCAAAGCGAUCGCGUUGGUUACUUUACUCCUCAUCGUUCAAGGCUGGUGUAAACCGUCAUCGAAGAACUUUGAGGAUCUCGAUUACAACGAUGACGCACAGGCCGAAGACAGCGAGGAUUAUUCUCAAAACGACGAUGAAGGUGAUUCUCCGGAUACCAUCGAGGAACCACCACAAAUUAAAUCGAAUCCGGAGAGUAAACGCGUACGAAGUGGAACUACCGUUAUGCUGCCUUGUCUGACAUCGAAUGCAGAUUCUUUUGCGGUCGUAUGGAAGAAGGACGACGAGUUUCUCUACAGCGACGAUAACGCUUUAACACAGGAUAAGAAUAGAAUCGUUAGAACACCGGAUAACAGCUUGGUGAUCUACAAUACGACGGUUAACGACACAUCUGACAAUUAUUCCUGCAGUAUUCUAAGCGAUAAACCUAUUACGAUCACGCACAGAUUACUCGUCGACCCUCCUAACGAUAGAUCGCCAUCGGUUACGACCGUAUCGUCAUUAUCGACGACAUCUACGUCAUCUUCGGUACCAACAAUACGCGUCACACCAUCGAAUAAGGUAGAAGUUAGACAGGGUCAAAAUGUUACCUUGGGUUGUCACACCAGAGUCCAACCACCUCCGAAGGAAUUGAAAUGGUAUCAUAAGGAAAAAAAGUUACACAAUGACAAACAUACAAUGAUCCAUGGUGAUUACAUUACCAUAUACAAAGUUGGAAGACACGAUGUUGGUUUAUAUCAAUGUUUAGCAGACAAUGGAAUGGACAAUCCACCGCAUUCUGGCAUUAAUCUCAUUGUUAAUUAUGCACCGGAGAUCGAAGUGGAACGUGAAAUUGUACACACAGGAGCCGGCGUUGAGUCAGAGAUCACGUGUAUCGUUCACGCUCACCCACCCGCAAACGUGACUUGGUAUAAAAAUCAGAAAGAACUACCUAAGAGAGGAAGGAUCUCGCGAAAGGAAAAUAAAUUAAGACACACUCUCAGGAUUAUGCAUACGUCCGAACAGGACCUAGGAGAGUACACCUGUCAAGCCAAAAACGAGUUGGGCCAAGAUAGCAGAACCAUCUCUCUUACUGGAGCUCCAUCGCAAGCAACCAUCUACGGGGCCGAGUUAUUGAAAGACGAGAACGACAGUCUUAUUUUAAAAUGGCGUCUCGAAAGUUACUCUCCGAUUACACAGUACAUACUUAAAUAUCGUCGCAAAGGAGACGAAAAAUGGCAAGAAAUCGAACCUCGUGUAAUAGAUGGCAAAGGAAAUCAAUAUAUCGUGGAACAUACUCUCAAUGGCCUUGAUGAUGGAUCUUACGAAGCGAUCCUCGUAGCUAGGAAUUCCUUUGGAUGGUCACAACCAUCUGCUCCUCACACGUUCAUGAGGGAUCACAAUUCUAAUGAAUCAGAAGACGAUAAUAAUAAUUCUGAAGAGGCAGCAAGUGUCAAAGGAUCGGCAGUUUCGCUCCGAUCAUUUUGGGCCAUCCCAACGUCACUCCUAGUCGUUUGUGCCUUCAGAAAUCUGUAAUUUACGGAAACUGUUUAAACUACGUAGAUAAUUUACUGCAGCCAAAGCAUACACCAGCAGACGUCGUGGUGCGAUUAAUAAUAAUGUAAGGACACCUAGGAGAAGCUUUAUUAUUCAAAUACGCUUCAUAAGACAUCCGUUGUUUUUGCCCGAAUUAUCAACAGAAACAGGACAGUAUUUGUAUUGAUUUAGAUAAAAUGAGAUAUGAUUCCUACGAGUUAUUUGUUUCUGGACACACGUUAAAUAAAUUAUUAUUACAUAAAAAGAAAAAAAAAAAUGGCAACGGACACUUAACAAUUCUCCUAGGUGUAUCGUUAACGAUGAAAAAGCAUUUUUAUUUUACUCCGUUAAAUCACGAGUAAAUAUUAAAAGGGGGGGGGGGGGGGAUUCUAUACUUUAAAAUAUAUUUAUAUAUCUAUAUCUAUAUCUAUAUAUAUAUAUAUAUAUAUAUAUAUAUAUAUAUAUAUAUAUAUAUAUAUAUAUAUAUACAUAUGUAUAGAUAUUAUAUAAUAAACAUAGUAUUCACUGUACAUGUGUAAGCCCAGAGAUACACAAUCAUUAUUAUAAUUUAUUUUUGUAUGCUUAAGAUUAUCGGAUCAGUGUUUAAUGGCGUUGCUGCUUCGUGCCAUGCGUACAGGUAUAUCCUGUUUUGUAAACCUGUAAAGAGGAAGCGGCACAAAUUAAUUACGUUGCCUAUGGCAAACGAGUAGAAUGGGCAUGUACCUAAUAUAUCAUAGUAACAAAAAUGUACUUUAUUACCGGUUAUCAUUCUGAUUCUUGUAGGAGGUUAACGAUAAGACGGAUUAUAAACUUUCAAAAUGCAAAACUAUAAUAAUUGCCAUGACUCCCAAAAGUUGGCAAUUAUUAUUAAUAUUAUUAUUAUUAUUAUUAAUUAUUAUUAUUAAUAUUAUUAAUAUUAUUAUUAUUAUUAUUAUUAUCAUUAUUAUUAUCAUCAUUAUAUAGUUGCUCACGAUUAAAGAAAGUUUAUUAUUUUCGCUGUCAUCUUAAAUGUGUAUAUUGCAUUGUGUGAGUUAAUAUGUAUGUUUGCGAAGGAUGGAAGAAUGUUGUUGUGCUGUAAUGUUUUCCAUAUUAGGCUGCUAGUAGCGAUAUAUAAAUUUAGUAAUCACUUUCUGAUUAGAACGAUUUAAACGAAA